GAUACUUUUUAAGACAACCCUGAAGCCGAAAACAAGCCACGCUAGAGAAGAAAAUCUUUUGGAAAAUUAAUAAAAGUUGUACAUUUAUAAACGCAUAAGACGAGGACGGAGUUCGUAAGUGGUUCAACGAAUUGUGCUGUGCGUCUCCACCACAUUUUGAUUUCUUAAAACGUGCCAGACACCGAGCAGGGGACUUUUUUCACGGAGCACCCCGAAUAGAACCUAAGACAUUUUCGAACAUGGCCGAGGACUUCGAUGUGGAGGCGAUGCUCGAGGCGCCGUAUCAGAAAAAUAAUGUCAGUGCGGGCAGCGGUGGACGUGGUGGACGCAGGCGCAGCGGCAGCAGCCCCGACGGCGGAGGCCACGACGACGACUAUGCUGAAAACGGUCCCCGAAACGGCGGGAGCUCACACAAAAAGCAAAGCAAGCGUUCACGAAGCAGAAGCGGCUCACGUGAUGGCAAAUCCCGUCGAGAUCGCGGCAACGAACGCAGCAGCCAUAGGGACAAAGAUAAAGAGCGUGAUCGAUAUCGCGAGGGAAGCGACCGGGAUCGAUACCGCAGAGAAGGUGGAGAACGGGACCGAGAGCGGGAGCGUGAACGCGAAAGGACUCGUCGCAGUCGAUCGCGGGAUGAACGUGGCGUCGAUGAUCGUCGCAAUCGUUAUGGCGAUCGUGACAGGGAACGGCGAUCGCGGGAUCGUCGUGGCGGCAGCAAGUCCUUGCAACAAGAUCGCUCUCGGGAUAAACGUCGCCGCAGUCGAUCUCGUGAUCAGCAGCGCAAACGGCUAAGUCCGAUACGUGAACGCAAGCGCAGUCAUUCCCGCUCAAAGGAUAGGAACAGCCGUCGUCGGGGAACCCACUCGCCUCGUCGCCGCUCACCUGCAAACGGAGCUGGUGACCGAACCCCGCCCACCGAGCUCAGUCCCGAGGAGCGGGACGCCCGUACCGUCUUCUGCAUCCAGCUGUCGCAACGAGUGCGCGCUCGUGACUUGGAAGAGUUCUUCUCCAGCGUUGGCAAGGUGCGCGACGUCCGCCUGAUCACGUGCAACAAGACAAAACGCUUCAAGGGCAUUGCCUACAUCGAGUUCGAGGAUCCAGAGUCCGUGGCCCUGGCUCUGGGCCUCUCCGGUCAGCGACUGCUCGGAGUCCCCAUUAUGGUGCAGCACACACAGGCUGAGAAAAAUCGCCUCCAGAGUGCGACACCCGCGUUCCAGCCGAAGAGUCACACUGGUCCCAUGCGCCUCUACGUGGGAUCACUGCACUUCAACAUUACCGAGGACAUGCUAAGGGGCAUAUUUGAGCCGUUUGGCAAGAUCGAUGCGAUUCAACUUAUAAUGGACACGGAGACGGGCCGAUCCAAGGGAUACGGAUUUAUUACGUACCACAAUGCUGACGAUGCCAAAAAGGCUUUGGAACAAUUGAACGGCUUUGAGCUGGCCGGCCGCCUCAUGAAGGUGGGCAAUGUAACGGAGCGUCUAGACAUGAAUACCACCUCGUUGGACACGGACGAAAUGGAUCGCACGGGCAUCGAUCUGGGCGCAACGGGGCGCCUGCAAUUGAUGUUCAAGCUGGCGGAGGGAGCAGGUCUGGCGGUGCCCCAAGCGGCGGCCAAUGCUUUGCUGGCCACAGCUCCUCAACCAGCGCCAGUGCAACAGCAGGAGGUGGCUCCGUCGAUAGCCACGCAGUGCUUCAUACUGUCCAAUAUGUUUGAUCCACUCACGGAAACAAACCCCACCUGGGACGUGGAGAUCCGGGACGAUGUGCUGGAGGAAUGUGCCAAGCACGGCGGAGUGCUGCAUAUCCACGUUGACACCACUUCGCCCACGGGAACUGUUUACGUCAAGUGUCCGGGAACAACGACUGCAGUCCUGGCGGUGAAUGCCCUGCACGGACGCUGGUUUGCCGGCCGAGUGAUUACGGCUGCUUAUGUACCCGUAAUUAACUACCACACGAUGUUCCCGGAUUCCGUCAACGCUGUCGAUCUGGUGGCGUUGACACGAAAGAACACCGACGAUUGAGGCGGACCCGGAGGGCAUAAAGAUUGUUAAAAUUCGUUACGGUAACCAAUUUUUGGUCAAAACAUUUUCAAUUUUUUUAAAGACUUUCGACGCAAGCUGAAAACUAGGGGCACAUAUUAAAAUACAAUUAAUUACAUUUAUAAAAUAUAUAUGGAUUCAAAAAUUACUUUUAACAAUUCACGCCUUGAACCAAAUAUGUCCGUUAAAGAAAUGAAGUUUAUCUAACGCCUGAAAUGCUGCAAGAAGUUACCGAUGGAGAACAUCCUAGUUCUUAGUGCUUAAUUUGUAAUUCGCUAGUUUGACCGCCAAAAAUGUAAGGACACUGACCGAUCUAUCGAUAGUUGGCUUUCACGGAACUUAAUUUUUAAACUUUGGUUAUUACUAAAUUCACCUAUCCGUUAAGCCAGUCUAGUUUUACUAUACAAUAUUUUGUAGAAAAAACUUUAAUCAAAAUAAUAAAAGACGAAAUUGUAAAA